GGAGCUUGCUUGUGGAAACGCUUUGUCCUUUGGGUUGAAGCCACUUCGUGGCAGGUUGAAUUGUGGAUCCCUGAAUCCCAAGGCCGCUUGACGAAGGGGAGGCAGCUGGAUCACGUUAACCUGACUCCACAGCCAAAAUGGUGCUGUCACAGAGGCAACGAGAUGAACUAAAUAGAGCGAUAGCAGAUUACCUUCGUUCUAAUGGCUAUGAAGAGGCAUACUCUGUUUUUAAAAAGGAAGCAGAACUUGAUGUGAAUGAAGAGUUAGAUAAGAAGUAUGCUGGGCUCUUGGAAAAAAAAUGGACAUCAGUUAUAAGAUUACAAAAGAAGGUUAUGGAAUUAGAAUCCAAACUCAAUGAAGCUAAGGAAGAAUUCACAUCAGGUGGGCCGCUUGGCCAGAAACGAGACCCUAAAGAAUGGAUCCCUCGUCCUCCAGAAAAGUAUGCAUUGAGUGGACAUCGAAGUCCUGUCACAAGAGUAAUUUUUCAUCCAGUGUUCAGUGUUAUGGUCUCUGCUUCAGAGGAUGCUACAAUAAAGGUGUGGGAUUAUGAGACGGGUGAUUUCGAACGAACCCUGAAGGGACACACGGACUCUGUGCAGGAUAUUUCUUUCGACCACAGUGGCAAGCUGUUGGCCUCCUGUUCUGCAGACAUGACCAUUAAGCUGUGGGAUUUCCAGGGAUUCGAGUGCAUCAGGACCAUGCAUGGUCACGACCAUAAUGUUUCAUCUGUAGCCAUCAUGCCCAAUGGGGAUCAUAUAGUGUCUGCCUCGAGGGAUAAAACCAUCAAAAUGUGGGAGGUUCAAACAGGUUACUGUGUGAAGACUUUCACGGGACAUAGAGAAUGGGUCCGUAUGGUACGACCUAACCAGGAUGGCACGCUGAUUGCCAGUUGUUCUAAUGAUCAGACGGUGCGUGUUUGGGUGGUAGCGACAAAGGAAUGCAAAGCUGAACUCAGAGAACAUGAGCACGUGGUAGAAUGCAUUUCUUGGGCUCCUGAGAGCUCCUAUUCCACCAUAUCGGAAGCGACGGGAUCUGAGACCAAGAAGAGUGGUAAGCCCGGGCCUUUCCUGCUGUCUGGAUCUAGAGACAAGACCAUUAAGAUGUGGGACAUCAGCACUGGCAUGUGCCUUAUGACACUUGUGGGCCACGAUAACUGGGUUCGUGGUGUCCUCUUCCAUUCUGGGGGGAAAUUUAUUUUGAGCUGUGCCGAUGACAAGACCUUGCGUGUCUGGGACUACAAGAACAAAAGAUGCAUGAAAACUCUCAAUGCGCACGAACACUUUGUUACCUCGUUGGAUUUCCACAAGACAGCGCCCUAUGUGGUCACUGGCAGCGUAGAUCAAACAGUGAAAGUGUGGGAGUGCCGCUGAUUUGAAUUCGCCCCCUCCUCCUCCCCCCUCUCCUUCUGGAUGCACUCGGAUACCAUUGGUUACCCAUUGAGCUCUGUUUAAAAUAAAUAUUGUCCUUUCAUGUAAAUUAUUCUGGAUGUAGAUUGAGCUUAUUAAAUGUUACACACAAAGUAUUCAUGCAUGGUGAAUCCAAAUUGUAUACUGUAAAUUUACAUACGUUGUCUAGAAGUACCAUAGGUUUUAAGAAUAUGGGCUGGCAUUGGUCACAUCAGACCUGAGAAGGCAGAAGCUGGUUGGUUGAAUUACGGGCACUUAAAAGAGGUGAGAGCAAAAUCAUCUUGACAGCCGUUUUCCUCUUUUUUGGGUGGUGCCUAUAA